AUGUGCUACGAGGGGCUUCAUGGUGAGAAGUCGCUGCCAGAGUAUGCUAAUGGUAAACAAACAAUAACAUACCGGUACCGAAAUUGUUCAACUAGCUUUCUACGGAAGAGAAACCCCACGAAUACUGCGCAGUUGGAUAUGAUUACGGCUCUUCUAAUCAUUCUUCAGAACUUCUUGCUGGUCCUGAGUUCUUCUACCGAUUAUCCAUGGAGCUACGACUACGAUACAUACCAAGGUCCACAAAAUUGGGGUCUGCUCUUCAAGCCAUGGACAAUGUGUCACAAUGGAAAGAUGCAAUCACCGAUUGAUAUUCCACCCGAUCGACUGCUCUUCGACCCGCACAUGAAGCCGAUACAUCUCGAUAGAAUCAAUGUGAUGUCAGAAAUGCUGAACACUGGCCAAAUGCCUCGUAUUCGCAUCGGGAACUCUGCCCGGAGACCAAGUGCUAAUCUCACAGGAGGACCACUUCACGGUUACAGAUACAGGGUGCAACGCAUCGAUCUUCAUAUAGGAAGAGAUAAGGUAAACGGUAGCGAACACACCAUAGAUGGACGCAGAUAUCCAAUGGAGAUCCAAAUGCUCGCCUAUAACACUGAUCUGUACCGUAACUUCUCGUCUGCGUCACGUUCUCCGCAUGGGAUCGCAGGCAUAUCAGUUCUCGUAGAUUAUGGCCCCGAAACGAAUCCAGAAUUGCUAAAACUGACGAUUGCCACUGCCAGUAUCUUGUACAAAGCACAACGCGUCGAACUAGCUGACUUGGAACCGUGGCGUCUACUUCCUUUCACAAGGGAUAUCGUCACCUAUGAAGGUUCGAUGACUUCUCCUGGAUGUCACGAGACGGUCACAUGGAUAAUUGUCAACCAGCCAAUCCACAUAACUCGCCAUGACUUAGCUGAAUGGGGCAAAAUGGUGCAAACGCCAGUAAAGGAAGAGGAGCCACAGUUUCUGGCUCCCAAUCGCAGAGCUGUGCAGGAGUUCAAUUCGCGGCUCAUUCGGACAAAUAUUAGGCAUCUUGUGAAGGAGAAAAAGGAAUGCAAGCUGCCUAAGGUGUCAUAUCGAAGCAAUUUUGGGCAGGCGGCACCAUCCGGGCCAAGGCAUCGUUUAAGGCACGUUCACCCGCAACGAGUACAUGAAGACGAUUUUCUGUGA